GUGCUUCGAUUAACCACGUAUGCUUGUCGAGGUGACGUAGAUGGAGUUCUCGUUUAGCCUAAUUUCUUCCAUCUUUCAGUCAUUCUCCUCCCUUUUUUCCAUUUAAGAUUAUAGUAUUUAAAAUUCGAUCAUACGUUUUUACAUGAAAUGUGGUAAAUUUUUCCUCCGAUUGAAAUUAUCUGAAUUCUUUUCGAUGAACCAAAACGAGCGUUGGAUUGUUUUAGGUUUGCAUACAUUUGCAUAACAUUGACAUGACUCUCCUCGUUAAUUUUUAUAAUUGAAACAAUAUAAAAAGACUUAAUAUCUUGCAAUCGUACCAAAUCGCAAGAACGAUCGUUGAUCUCAUUACUGUUAAGGGGGUUUCUAUGAUCUUGUUAUCUUUCGAUGAAAUGUACGCGAUAUUAAAAACAUUGUGAUUUUCCAAGUACGUACAUGUAUAUAUGUACACACACACGCGCGCGCGAUGCAACCACGGGACGUACGUGAUUUUUGGAAAUAGACGUUUAACCUGUAAACGUUCGUUUCAAUGUUCUAUUUUAAAAUAGUAUUAAUAAUAAAGUUGGAGAUAGAAACAUUGAUCUUAUCUUCAAUUCAAUGAAGACCUUAUUGAUAUUCCCCAUUGUUAACUUUUUGAAACAUUAAUAAACAUAAUAAACAUAAAAAAAUGUAUAAUUAAAAAUGUUACAAUUACAUACGAAUACAGUACAAUUAAACGAACGAUGGACUUUUGGGUAAAGCUAGGUAGAUUUAAGAAUGAGCGAUCAACUAUCUCUAUGUGUCUCUUAUCAUACCAGUGCAUAAAUAUAGAAAUGUACUUUUACCUUUAGAAGAUACUGCAAGCAAUUAUGAUGCAUAUGUGGUAUUGGUUGGGAAAAGACCUGGGUACAUUCUUGUUUCCAGGAUACAAUGUUUCCACUACAUAUGCUUUUGUGUCUACUUGUAUAGGUUUAAUUAGUCUUGCAAUAUUAUAUGAGGCUAUGAAAAUAUCCCAAAUCAAAUUGGAACAAAUUGCGAUAUUUAAACAAAAACCUGUUUCUAGAUCUUCAGAGAAUUCUUCUUUGUUAUCUAAAAUGUCACCAAGAUCCUUUGCUUCUUUCUCUUCUAUGAAUUGCCCAAGCUGCGGCAAAUGGAUAUUACAAGUACUUCAUUGGUCUAUUCAUACCACGCUUGGUUAUAUACUUAUGAUGGCAGUUAUGACAUAUAACGUAUAUAUUAGUAUUGCUCUUGCCAUCGGAGGUUCCUUAGGAUAUUGGAUAUUUGGUCCUGCCUUGAUAGAAUUAAAUAUGAGUCAAUUUCGAGAAAGACAAAAGAUCAUUAAAUGCGACAAGGAAUGUUCAGAUGCUAUUCUGAACCAAGAAAGACGCGAGUCUGCUGUCUCUGUUGUUGCGGAACAAUUGGUAUUAGAAGCAACAGCAGAGAUUCAUACGCCAAGAGAUGUCUGAGAAGAUAGAUCUCCUUGACUCGAUUGGAAUUAAUCUCAAAUGUACAAUUCAGUCGAAAGAACAAUUUAUACUUUUGCAACUCCAAUCAUUACUUUUUAUUAUUUGAUAAAAAUAUUAGAUAUGUAUUUGUGGUUACAAUCAUGUACAAGGGAAAGUACAACAA